CGGGAGCGCCGGGAAUCACUGCCGGGAUCGGCGGGAGUCACCCCGGGGGCGGCGGGAGUCAGCCGCGGGAUCGGCGGGAGCGAUCCCGGCUGCUGCUGCCCGGCGGGAGGCGAUUGCCGGGCGCCGCCGCCUGAGGGAGCGCACAGCGCUUCCCAGAUUUCUGCGCACAGAUCAAAAUCUUGUGGCUGCACUUAAAACCCAGAAGAUGCUGUGCCGGUGGCACAAGGAGCAACGCGGCGCGGCGACAUUGCCAUAGGAUGGUGAGCGUCGGUGCUGCUCCAGCCUGGAAUUCCUCGGGGGAGGAGCCUUUCCAGGGGUGUCCCGAAGGAUGGAGAAGAAGAAAAUCCUGAUGAAGUCCAAGGUUGCUGCUCCCAACCUGCUGAGGGCUCUGCAUUCCCUGUACCGGCUCGGGCACCUCUGCGACGUGACGGUGCUCACCCAGCACCUGGGAAUUCAGGAGGAAUUCCCGGCUCACAAAGCCGUCCUGGCAGCUUCCAGCAACUACUUCAAGGGGCUUUUCCUGCAUCAGGAGAUGCUGGACACCAAGAAGUGCACGGUGACUCUGCAGGACAUCUACACCGAGGAGUUCACCUCCUUUCUGGAGUUUGUGUACACGGCAGAGGUGGAGAUCGAGGCGGGAAAGCUCCAGCGGAUGAAGGAAAUAGCAGAACGGCUGGAGUGCCAGGAUUUGCUUGACAUCUGUGAGGAGGUGAAGGCAGAGGGCAGGAAGGGCUUGGACUUGAGCCUCCACCCAAAAGGGCAGAGGGGUGGAAAUGGGGGAUCGCAGUGGCCCCGCAUCCAGCAAGAGGAGAACCCCAGGAACUCUUCCCAGGUCCUGGCAAUUCCCAUGCAGAGGAAACUUUGGGAUCGGCAGAAACAUAAGGAAUUGCUGGUGGGCUACGAGCUCAUUGGAGGCCAAGCUGGAGGCCUGGAGCAGGAGGCCAUGGCUUUUCCAGCCCCAAAAUCCAGGCCGGCAAAGCUGCCCCGCUGCAACAAGGCGCCCUCCCCGAGCAGACUGGGUGUGGAUAUCACCAGCCUGGAGAACAAGGAUGGCCGUUCCCUCCGCAGGGGGCAGGAGCGGAAGCGGGAAUCCCAGGCGUGUCCCUACUGUGACAAGGCCGGCAGCUCCAAGUGCGGCCUGGCCGGGCACCUCCGGAGCCACACCGGGGACAGGCCCUUCCAGUGCCAGCGCUGCCCUGCCAGCUUUGCCCACAGGGCUGCCUACACCUCCCACCUCAGGAAAAUCCAUGAGUGUGGGCAAGAGAGGAAGCUCCUGCCUGUCUAUUGGAUGGUGGUUCCACCCACACACGGCCCAAACCCCACCAGCCGUGACCAAGAUCCCGACGGAGAGACUUGGGAUGGGACACCAGAAACCUCGGGGUGUGAGGAAGAUCCCGGGAAUUCAUCCAUUGCCGAAGCAGGCAGGAGUGAGGAGCAGGAGGAAUGGAGGCAGGAAUCCCAGGAAGAUGAAGGAGGGAAUGGAGAUGAAGGUGGAAUGAGCGUGAAGGGCGAGGAGCAGGGAGACUACGACGCGGGAUACUCAGAAGUUGAAGGAAGCAGGGACAACGAGGAAUGUUCCGAGGAGAAGGAAAAGGAGGAUGAAGCCUCAGCAGAGAAGGACCCUGAACCAGGGUUUAAACUAAAGAAAGCCAAUAAAAGCGUGGCCAACAAGAAAUCUGUCUGCGUGAUCCGCUGCGACAAGUGCCAGGAGCAGUUCGCUUCCCGGAAAAAAUACGUGGAUCACUGCCGGGAUGUGCACCAGAGCCUGCCCGGCAAGGCGUACCAGUGCGAGGUGUGCAGCAAGGCCUUCGCCAGCUACGCCAGCUGGAAGGAGCACCGCGCCUGCGUCCACAGCGAGGAGAGGAGCUUCUCCUGCAGCCUCUGCCAGGCCACCUUCAAGAGGAAGCGGGACGUGAGGACCCAUUCCGUGCGGAAGCACGAGGGCAGGGCCAAGCGGCCGCUGUGCUCCGUGUGUGGGAAGAUCCUGAGCUCCCGCACGGCGCUGGUGUUCCACAUGCGGACGCACACCGGCGAGAAGCCCUACGAGUGCGGCGUGUGUCGCUCCAGGUUUGCUCAGCCUUCCCAGCUCAAGAUCCAUACCAGGUCCCACACGGGGGAGAAGCCCUACGUUUGUGAGGACUGCGGCGCUUCCUUUGCCGACAAAGGAAAACUCACCGGCCACAAGAGGACACACACAGGAGAGCGCCUGUUCCGGUGCGACGUGUGCGGGAAGCACUUUGCCACCAACGAGUACCUCAAGUGCCACAAGCGCUGUCACCUGGGAGCCAAACCCUACAAGUGCGAGGUCUGUGGGAAAACCUUCGGACUCAGAGCCUCCCUGGCCCAGCACAGCAACGUCCACGCAGAGACCCGCCCCUAUUUCUGCGAGCAGUGUGGGAAGGCCUUCACCCAGCAGGGAGCGCUCCGGCGGCACCAGCGCAUCCACACCGGGGAGAAACCCUACAAGUGCCGGGCCUGCGACAGGACCUUCACCGACAUGUCCACCCUGCGCCGGCACGUGGCGAUCCACGACCGGAAUGCUCACUGGAGAAGCUUCUUGAUCGACCUCACACCAAAAAAAGACCACAACUGGUCCAAAAUAGAGACUUUCACGGAAGUGCAUCCGGGAGGAGAUUCCAUGCCGGAAGUUUGGUCGGUUGACCACGGGAAGCUUUAUAAACCAGAAAGUGCUAAAGCAGCAGCACACGUGGCACCUGGGGCUGGGGACACCGGGGACGCUGAUCCCUCCCUUCUCUAUUUAUAAGCUCAGUUUUAGCCCCAGCAAUGGGCGGUUUGAGGCAGAAUGGUGGGAAUUACCCUUUGGAAUGCAGCGAAUCGCUCCCAGUGGUCACUGCAGCUGCCUCGGGAGCUGGAUUACAGGUGGCAAAGGGGUAAUUCCUCAUGAGGGUAUUUAUUGCAGUGAAAUGUUUCGAUCUGUCCGGAGUUUAUUUUUCCCAAAGCUGUGGGAGAAUCCCACUGGGAAUGGGCAGGGCGGGGUGUGUGGGUGUUCAUACAAACACAGCGCGGUGCCGCCGCUGUAAAUCACCAAUGCUUCCUUUAAUAAAACCGUCAGUGCCGCCCA